AAAAUAAUUCGUUGUCAUCACUUUCCUGGUCUCGCCACUUCAGUAAAACGCAAGUUUUAAACUGCAGUCUGCAAGUACGAAGUUCUCCUUAAUUUUCUCUGGAUGCUCAACAGUUUAUUAAUUUUACUGUUUAUUUUAUGUAUUAUUUAUACUGAAUGGUAUUUGUAUAUAGGGAAAAAGUUCCUGUUAGUGGAUUAUCAGCACACGCUGCCACACCGCUUGAUUGUAGAGCAUCUGUCUGUCGUUCACGAUCUUAGCGUUUACGGUUUGCUGCGGUUUUUUGAGCUGGCGGCUGGCGAAAUCUCCAUUUAUAUUGUACCACCGACAUGUCGAAAUCUGUAUGAGGGUGUGAGUGAGACUCCGGGGUUUGUCGAGCGGAGCAUGUAGCCAGAAGCAGCUCGUGAGUCGUGACGGAGCAUCGCAGGAGAUCUCCUCGACAGACUGCAGCAGUCAGCAGAAUGGCGCUGCUGCUCGCAGUCCUCUGCCUGGCCCUCCCCCUAACCCACGCCGCCCCCGUGGUGGACCAGCCCCCGCCGUCCUUAUACAACCAGACCACGGACGUCGGCAUCGCCGUCCUCACCGCCGCCUCCUUCAACCAGACCCUCUUCCCCCCGGACGCCGAGGGGGCCGCCCCCGCCACGGGCCCCCUCAUCUGGUUCGUGCAGUUCUACAACUCGUGGUGCGGCCACUGCCAGCGCUUCGCCCCCACCUUCAAGUCCCUGGCCAACCACACCCUGGCCUGGACGCGCCACCUCCGCCUGGCGGUGAUGGACUGCGCCCUGCGCGACCACGCCCCCCUCUGCAACCACUACAACGUGCAGUCCUUCCCCACCAUGCACUUCCUGCCGCCCCACACCCCCCGGGAUGGACCGCCCCGGGGGGAGGCCUACGUGGGGCCGCACACGGAGGCCGGGACGUACCACGGGAUCCUGGACUACGUGGAGAAGACGGGCUUCCCGGCGGAGUGCGCGGCACUGCCCCCGGGGGCGCUGGACGCCCAGUGGGAGGGUGUGAAGGAGACGCAGAUGGCGCUGGUGGUGGAGGCGGCCGGGGAGGACCAGGGGAAGGACGUGGUGUUGAGUGUGCUGGGGCAGACGCCGCAGUUGGCGGUGAGGCGGGCCACGAGCGUCAACGCCGCGCUGGUCGCGUCUCUGGACAGCGGGCAGAGCGCCAACGGGCUGUGGUUUAUCAGCAAAAGCGGCGAGAAAAAGAAACACCAAUUUGCCGUAAAAGACCCGAAAGUGCACGACUACGUCGCGGCCAUCUUCGCGGAAGACGACCGGCUGGCCGCCAGCCAGAACCUGCCGGCCUUAGCCCGCACCCCCGUCCCCUACGCCCAGGCCACCGCCCGCCCUACGCCGGCAGGUACCACCUCCAAAGACGCCCCGGCCAAACCGCAUAUCGCGGCGCCGUUGCGUCCGUUGAACAUGACGGACCUGCACUCGGCCCUGGUCUACCUCUUCUCCAUGGAGAUCAACUCGCACAGCCACAUCGCCGGCGCCGAUCUGGCGGCGCUGCACCUCUUCACCGGCCUCCUCGACGACCUCAUCCCCUUCCCCUCGCCCGUCUACAACGCCGUCCAGAAACUCAGGCAGACCCUGCAGUCCACGGACCAAACGGAAGCCGCCAGUAUUAUUAAUUUAUUAAAGGAGACCGGUCUGGAUGUGGAGCACGCGCCGUUGCAGUGGGCCAACUGUCAAGGCUCGCAAUCAGGCAAACGCGGGUAUCCCUGCGCCUUAUGGCAGCUCUUUCACACGUUAACGCUGCGCUAUUACGAGAAGAACCGGGAGAACGCCGAGGCCAACGCCCUGGCGAAGGAAUCGGGCGUGUUACGGGGAAUCUUCGGGCUGGUGGGGCGCUUCUUCUCCUGCAGCGAGUGCCGCGACAACUUCAUGCGCGAGGCCAACGCCCUGUCGUCCCAGACGGAAGUGCUCUCGCCGCGCAACGCCGUGUUGUGGUUGUGGCGGGUGCACAACGGCGUCAACAAGCGGUUGGCCGGGGAUGUCACCGAGGACGACAACUAUCCCAAACAGCAGUUCCCGCCGGCCACGCUGUGCCCGGGCUGUCGGGACGCCGACGGGCAGUGGCGCGAAGAUGAAGUCCUGCAGUUCCUGCGCGCCUUCUACGCCGUCCACGGCAACGCGGAGGCGCAGGCGAGCGGGACGAGCGCGGCGGUGUUGGUGCGCGUGCCGCGUCACCGGCAGGCGGUGCUGGCGGAGAUGGAGCGCGCGCGGACCGCGGACGAGUCAUCCUCCGCGGCGGCGUCCUCGUGGCCGCCGCGGCUGCAGCGCGCCGCCUUGGUGGCGCUGGUGCUGAUGGUGGCGUUGGGUGUUGUAGGCUACCGGCAGCUGACUAGUUGGCGGCGACGCGGUCGCGCGCUCGGACUGUCCUGGCCGGAUUUCAGCGGCGGCCGCUCCGCCGCCCGCGUCAAGUGGAUGUGAUACGCCGUCUCCUUCUCCUCAGGUUCUGAUUAACUUUUUAUUCCUGUUUGGCUUUUUAUACUCGCUGUGUUAGAACGGUUCUUCCAAACGUGUUUUAUUCCUGGUCUCCACUCGUUGUUGGCAUUGUGAGUCCAGUUACUUACUGUAAUGUGACAUCUGUUUUAUUUUUGACCCGGAAUGACCCAGCUUUGAUGGCAUUCUGAAUUUGAAUGACUGUGCUUUUUUAUAUAUGAGCAGUGGAAGUUGUUGUCAAGAUGAUGAGGAAAACAACUCGGUUUUCCGCCGCUUUUUCCAACUGAUAAUAAACUUUGCUGCUGUGCGGCUCUGCAGUCUG